AUGGCCGCGGAGACCUCGCUGGAUGCGCUGCUGGGGGCGCUGGAUGCUGCCAACUCGUUUCUGGGGGAGGAGGGCGACGCGGCUGAGAAGGGCGCCGACGCCGGCGCUCUACGUCCCGUGGAGCCCCCGGAGCCGGACGUGGAGCAAACCGUGAACAUCUCAGAGGAGCAGAUGGAGCCGGCGCCUGAGGCGGCGAGCUCAUCCCGGGCAGAGGACCAGUCGGGCGACACCGUGGAAGGGAAGGACGUGAGCGAGCCCAAGGGCGAGGCCGGGCCCUCGCUGCUGCGCCGCCCAAAGCGGCGCCUCGCGCUGGCGCCGCAGGUGCCGUAUGCCGCGCCCGCAUUGACGCGUGCGGCGCCGGGGCCGGCCGCAGAGCGAGACGUUGAGAGCUUCCUCUCCGAGGUCCUUGACUCUGAGGAGGAGCAAAUGGAGGAGGCCCCCUUCCCCGUCUUCCCGGCCCAGCCAGCCGACCCCGAGCCCACCGCCGUGGAGCCAAGCGCCGCGGAGCCAAGCGCCGCGGAGCCAAGCGCCGCGGAGCCAAGCGCCGAGCCAACCGCGGCGAAGGCGGCGGCGGCGGCGCCGAAGUUCCGGGUGCGGAAGAAGAGCAAAGGCCCCCGCCCCACGUGCGUGGAGGACGGCGCCUGCGAGCCCAAGUUCUUCGAGUCCAAAGAGGACUUCGAGGGCUUCUGGGUGGACGCUUUGGACAAAGCCCUGCUCUCAGCCAGUGCUGGCGGCGUCGGCCUGCUGCGCCGGCCGGCACCCAAGGAAAAGAGGCCCACCAGCUCCGAGAACCCGCUCACGCGGACCUUGUCGAAGGGCCUCUCGUCCUCCCUGGCCGACGCCCGCGCGCGCCUGGGCCGCGGCCAGGGCAUCGCGCGGCUGCUGGGCGUCGGAAAGGGGAGCGGCCGGACGGCGCCGAAGAGCGCCGUGCGUGCGCUGGAGGCCUUCAACGGCGGUGUCCCGGCCGAUGAAGCCCUGCACGAGGCCAGGGGCCUGGUGUACCGGGACAUGGGCGACUACGAGACGGCCUUGCUGGACUUCGAUGCAGUGAUCGACCUGGAGCCCGAGAAGGGCAGGCACUACUACAACCGCGGGGUGGUGUACCACCGCAUGGGGCGGCAGGAGGAUGCCAUCGAGGACUUGUCGCGGGCCAUCGACCUGGGUAGCCAGGAGGCCGCGGUGUUCAGCGAGCGGGGCUUGGCGUGGCGAGCUUUCGGCAACAUGGCGCAGGCGGUGAUCGACCUCACAGCUGCCAUCGAAGCGGACGGCACCCAGACCCUCUACCUCUCCAACCGUGCGCAGUGCCUCUUUGAGCAGGGCUUGUACGACCGGGCGGAGGCGGACCUGAGCUGCGCGCUGCAGAUCGACGGAAGGGACGGGGAGCUGCUCUAUAGGCGUGGCAUCACACGGUACGCGCAGACGCAUUACGCGGAGUCCAUCGCUGACUUGAAGGCCGCUCUCGCCCAGGGGCCCAUCUCCGGGCAUGAGGCGGAAGUGUACUACCAUCUGGGUGUCUCCUACGCCAACCUCGGCAAGCAUCAGCUCGCGGUGCCAGCCUACGACCAGGCGAUUAGUCUCGCGGAGGGGCGGCCGCAUUAUCUGCACGAACGCGCCAAGAGCCUGCAGAUUGUGGGCGAGCCCGGCACCCAGAAUUUGGAGCCGGCUUGCGGGGGGGGAUUUGGCGAAGACUCCGCGAGGCACAAGCGCGCCCUGGACGACUUCUCACGGGUCAUCGACAUGCAGCCGACCAACGCGCGCGCCAUGCGCUCCGCCUAA